AUGUCUCACGAAUCAGUUUGGAUGUCCAGACCCCGUACCUACGGAAAGGGAGCCCGCGGAUGCCGCGUUUGCACACACAAGGCCGGUUUGAUCCGCAAAUACGGUCUCAACAUCUGCAGACAAUGCUUCAGAGAGAAGGCAUCUGAUAUUGGAUUCGUCAAGCACCGUUAA